GAAACGGGUUUAAACCCAAUCCAAAUCGGUUUGGUUUAUUUUGAGACCAAACAAACCAAACUUCAAGAAAUCGGGGCAGAUCGAAGCGGCCCGUCAAAUUGGGCGUACAGAUCGAUCUCGUGACGCUGCUGUUCACCAUACCGAUUACAUACAAGAAAUCCAGUUGUGCUUCUUUUCCGUUGAUUUUAGAGUGAAAGAUGCACGGAAGACCCAGGAAAUCUGCAACACCAGUUGACGAAAAUGCAUCAGCUCUCAAGGCGGCCGAGAUUCGAUCACUCCAGUCUCAGUUUCUUCAUAAUCAUCACAACAAUAUAUACACGAAGGAAGCCCUAGAACUCAAUGCUAAGCUUAUUGAGGCUAAUCCGGAGUUCAUGACCGCUUGGAAUUAUCGAAAACUCGCAUUUGAGCAUAGUCAAUCUGAGGCAGAUUCGGAUCGGAUUCAAGCGAUUAUUGAUGAAGAAUUGCGAGUGGUAGAGAUUGCAUUAAGGAAGAAUUUCAAGUCUUAUGGAGCAUGGCAUCACCGGAAAUGGGUGAUAAGCAAAGGGAAUUCUUCAACAGAGCGGGAAUUGAAGCUUCUAAAUCUAUUCCAGAAGCUAGACACUCGCAAUUUUCAUGCAUGGAAUUACAGGAGAUUCAUAACGGGGUUGAAGAACAUAUCAAAUGAGAAGGAGUUACAAUUUACAACAGAUAUGAUAAACGAUAACUUCAGUAAUUAUUCUGCUUGGCAUAAUCGUAGUGUACUCUUAUCUCAUCUGCUGGAGAAAAAGUUUGAAGGAUAUUUUCCCAAGGAGAUGUUUUUGAAAGAGGAAUACGAAUUCGUAAGAAAUGCGGUUUUUACCGACCCAGAUGAUCAAAGCGGGUGGUUUUAUCAUCUCUGGCUCCUGGACCAAACUGUUAAAGUCGACACGCCUGUUUUGGUUUCUUCAUGGCCCCCUCAUGGUUCUGAAAUUACUAAAACGACCUUUCCUAUCAUUCUCUGCUUCAAUGAACCAGUUGAAGAUGUAAGCUUACACGCAGUUAGCCUUCAAAUCGAGAAUGACUUAUUCAAGAAUGUUACAUGGAGCCCACUUUCAACGAAUAAAUUUAACCAUGGUCAAACCUGGUUGACCCAUCUGACCAUUCCUCAAGCUGAACUUAACUCAUCAAAGAUCUUUCAGGUCAAGAUUAGCUCGGAAUCCCGUCAAGGCAUCAUAUCUUUAAGUGGUGUUCCGUGCAGACCCUGGUCUUUUACGUUUACGGUUUCGGUUUCUGCAAGCCAUGAUCUGCAAAACGUUGAAGAACAUAGUUUAAGGAGGAUAUCAGUUACAGAUGAAAGUUUCGCUAAAGUUGACGUCAAUUCAAACAUGGCAGAUUUUCUAAAAUCAUAUUUUGAAGUAACUGGCGAUUAUGAGCAACCCGCACCUUCAAAAUGGAAGUCUGAGAUGAUAGCGGGUGAAAUAGAACAGUACCGAGAAUUAUUGACUUGGGCAGAGUGUAAAAUUGGGAAGCUUACACUUGCGAGAUUAUUGAUGGCAUAUGAUGCCAUGACGUCAAGCGAUAUUUCAAUUGCUCCAAUGACUCAUGUGGAUGAAGUUUUGCAACUAUAUUCUGAAUUGAUGAAGUUAGACCCCACACAUUACCGAUACUACAAGGAUGAGUACAGCCUGGUUUUCUUAAAACAGGUGACUUCUUGCAAGGAGUCUUUGAUGAAGUACUGCUGGCAGUAUAAAGAGUCGAAUUCUUCGGAUAUCACUGGUUCUAUGUGUUUAAGACUGAAUUCUCUAUCAUUAUCGCAAAUUGGAUCAUUUGAGCGGUUAUUAUGGGUCCAAAGUCUUGAUCUUAGCCACAACCAACUUCAUUCUAUUGAAGGAUUGGAGGCUUUGCAGCUUCUCUCAUGCUUAAACCUUAGUCACAAUAACCUCAGCAGUUUCACGGCAUUAGACCCUUUGAGAUUCUUGAAGUCGCUUCGAGUGUUGGAUCUUUCUUAUAACGAGAUUGGUGCACACACCGUAGACACAAGGCGGUAUUUAUGCUCAUCUCCCCUGUCACACACACUUGAUUAUGAUAAAAAGUUUGAAGAAGUUGCUAAUGGUGAUGAAACUGUGGUGAAUUUUUGGGAAGCUUAUUCGAUUUUCGGAGGUUUAAAUAUUACGCAGCUAGAUAUCAUGGGAAAUGCUGUUGCUGUUGAUGAAAGGUUCAUGUCGUUUUUGGUUAAAUUAUUGCCGGGACUAAAAUGGGUUGAUGGUGAAGAAUUGCAUUAGCCGCUAGUAAUUUUGUUUACAUUCUCCUGUUUUCAUUGUACUCUAUAAAUAGUCGGUCAUGGGCAAUUCAAUACUAAAAUAACAUUUUCAUUUUCU